AGACCGCGUAAUUAUAUAAAGUCCUGUUGCCGACCGCUCCUCUGACCUUUCCUUUCUAGCUUCCACCUUCGCGGCCGCCGAGGAGGACCAUGCGCAUCAGUCGCGCGGCGGAGGACGAGGUCGCUGCCGAAGCAGAUCCGGCGGCGGAGUGCCCGAUCCAGCUCCUUCCCCAGGACGUCCUCCACAACGUCCUCGGCCGCCUCCCUCUCUAUCAGGCCCUCGCCUGCCGACCCGUCUCUCGCCUCUUCCUCGACGCCCUCUCCUCCCCUCCUUUCCUAUCCUCGCUCCCCUCGCUCCGCCUCCUUGUCCUCCGUCACCCUCGCGCAGCCUCCUCUCCGCACCCUUCCCUCCACGCCUUUGACCCCUCCUUCCGCCGUUGGAUCCGUCUCCCGCUCUCAUUCCUCCCCUUCCCCUCGGCCUCUCCCGUCACCGCCUCUCCCUCUCUUCUCUACCUCUGGGUGGACUCCGUCCCUUUUCCCCACUCUAUCGAUCCCGCCUCCAAGAGCCAGACCAAGUCCCUCGUUGUCUGCAACCCACUGAGCGGAUCCUACCGUCUCCUUCCCCCGCUUGGCUCAGCCUGGUCUCGCAACGGAACCGUGAUCGCUGGUCCUGGCGGAUCCGUCGUCAUCAUAACCGAACUCGCAGCUCUCUCCUAUGCGCCUUGCCCUGAUCGAUGGCUUAAGUUUCCACUGAGUCUUCCCUCCAAACCUCGGAGCCCGAUCAUGAUGGCUGGUUCCGUCUUUGCCCUCUGCGACGUCGGCGCCCUCUGGAGAAGCCGGUGGAAGCUCUUCUCAUGUGGCAUUGCUGACCUCGGCAGGGCCCACGGCUGGGCUCCGAUUGAGCGGCACGAGUGGGGGGACGUGUUCGACAUCUUCAAGCGGCCACGGCUACUUGCAGGAGCAGGUGGCCGCCAACUUCUGAUGAUCGGAGGCCUGAGGUCGUCCUUCGUGCUGGACGCGCCGUGCUCGACGGUGCUGAUUAUCCGGCUGGAUCUGGAGACCAUGGAGUGGGAUGAGGCAGGGACGAUGCCCCUGGAGAUGUACAGGUGCUUUGGAGGCGGCUUCUCCAGUCCAUUAGAAGUGGUGGCCGCUGGGGCUGAUGCAGCUGGCGCCAAUAACAAGGUGAAAGUCUUUGGUGGAGAUGGCAAGGUAUGGUUUUCUGGGAAGAAAAUGAGGGGAAAAUUGGCAAUGUGGGAAGAAGGGGUCGGAAAGAGUGACGGCGGCCUGUGGAGUUGGGUUGAUAGUAUCCCAGAGUGCCCCGAAGGUAUGUACAGGGGUUUUCUCUUUGAUGCUGGAUUCACCUCAACACCUUGAACGAGUGGAAGAGACGAUCUGAGUCCUGUACCUUUAUCUUCCACCAUGUUCCAUACUUCUAACAAAUAGCACCCAGGAAUUAGCAUUAAACACAAAAGAGCAUAGUGGAUACAUGAUCAUAUCCAUCAGAGAUGUUGAUAAAGAAACGAAGAAGUGGUUCCCCUUUGACUAGUGCACUUAAAAUUCCUCUAUGAAGCAUUGAUUGUUUGAUCCUUGUGUUGAUUUCUUUGGCUGUUUCAACUCAGACAUGAAAGAAUGACCACUGUUAUUCAUUGGCCAACUUAGAAUAGCCGUAUGAUUCAUAUUUUGCAACCGGCAUACGUGAAUAUAUGUUAGUCAUGUAUUGGAUCUGUAAUAAUGUCUUUGCUUAACAUAAAGUUCAAUGCUUAUGAUUUUUUA